AUGAUUUGUCGUUUAUGUCUCAACGACAUACAAAAUCUUAUUAAUAUUUUCGACUCUGCUGAAGGAUACAACAUUGCUUGUGUUAUUGGAAAGUACUUCUGGUUUGAGCCUCGAAGUGAUGAUCCCAUAUCUACGGGAAUAUGCUGCCAAUGUUAUAGGAAAUUAGGCGAUUUUCAUGAUUUUUUUCUUAUGGUGGAGAAGGCCCACCGUCACAUGACGGAGAGAUUUGUUGUCAAAACGGAAAAUGCCAAAUCUAAACCCCGAUCCAUGGAAGAUAUUUUUAGUUUCCAUUCAUUGCCAAAACCCGAACCUGAUGAACAUGAAAUCAACUGCCACGUUCCGCUCGACAUACUGAUGGAAAAUACAACAGAUCUUGAGAAAACUUUUGAAGAGGCUGCCGCCAUUGCGUUAGGUGAUCGCGAUGAUGACAGAUCAUCGCUGCGCGACGAAAUUCUUGAUAACGCAGAUAGCCAAUGCGAAAGUCCGAAUGAGUUGUCAUUUGAUGGAGAGGAUUUUAUGAAGAAAAUUCUUAAUAACGGCUCUGUUGAUAGCAAACAAGGGAUUUCUAAGAUACCUCAAAUAAGAAGAUCCACCAGACAUAAGUAUGCUACUGCAAAUGAAAAACAGACACACAACGGUGUCAACACAGCCAACAACCAGAGAGGUCGUCCCAAAAAAGUUGUCGACGAAUCGAAUACGAAUCAGCAAGAUAAUCGAAUGCAAUCCGAUGAAAAAACCCGACAGUACAAAGUCAAAAUGAAGGAAAUAGACGCCCAAAUUGGUCAAUACAUGACACUGCAGUGUGACGCUUGCAGCACGGAAACUGAAAACUUUGCAAGCUUGCGAGUUCAUAUGCGGAAACAUGGAAUUAAGAGGGGCUAUGCAAAGUGUUGUAACAAGAAAUUUUUCAAGAGGGCCCUUCUAUUGGAUCACAUUCGCCAUCAUUUGGAUCCGGAGUACUUCAGAUGCGAGGACUGCGACCGGGCAUUUGUGGAUCGACAAUCAAUGCGUAACCAUUUCCUUCUUAAACACCAGAAAGAAGAGGAUAAGAUAUUUGAAUGUCCACAGUGUUCAAAGAAAUUUGCUAAGAAGUAUCUUUUGGAACAGCAUAAAAUGUUUACACACCGUGACCGAAGCACAACAUGUAAAAAUUGUAAUAGAAGGUUCGAAACAAUCGAAGAAUUGGUAGAACACGGUAAAGAACAUUGUCAUUAUGGCACGAUGUGUGACAUUUGUGCUAAGGUUAUACGUGGACCUGCCGCAUUUAAACGACACCAAAUGGAACAUCAGGGCGUAACUUUCCCUAAAGUACAAUGUGAUAUGUGUGGAUCAUGGCACAAAGAUAAAUACGCCUUAAAUAAGCAUAAAAAGCGUCAUUUAGAAGCGAAACAGUCUCAUGUUUGUGAUAUUUGUCGAAAGGUAUCGCCGAGUCGAACAGCUAUGCUAAGCCACAAACGGUAUGUACAUGGCUCCGACAAAGUCUACAAGUGCAGUAUUUGUAGCAAAACCUUUAAGAAGCCGCUGUCUUUGAAGGAGCAUAUGACAGUGCACACUGGUGAGGUCCUCUACCGUUGUCCUCAUUGCCCCAAGACGUUCAAUUCUAAUGCUAACAUGCAUUCCCAUCGAAAGAAAAUUCACCCAAGAGAAUUUGAAGAAACACGAAAAAUACGAAAACAGAAUGCCCACUUGAACCAACCGCCAAUUCCUCCCAUUUCUGUCCUAAGUAAUGCCAAAACCGACACACAAGCGCUUCUCAUAAUUGAUACAGCCGAUACUGAAGAAACCCACAACGUUCUACUAACUACAUCCCCAGCGGAAGAAAUGUACAGCACCGAGGAAAUCUCAGAUUUAUCUUGCAAAGAUAAAAAUCCAAUUAUAAUAUAUACAUUAAGCUAG